AUGAAAGUUGAAAUUAAUAAUUUUGGUAUUAUUCAUAUUCAUUGUAAUCAUUGUGAAUAUUCACAACAACCUUCUAUUCAAAAUAAUAAUUUAAAAAAAUCAAUUGAAAUGAAGAUAAAAUCAAAUGAAUCUUUAUUACCUGUUCAAUCACAUGAAAUUCAAAGUGUUCGUAAUUUUCUUCAAACGUUAAAUGACUUUGCAUUAAAAGUUCAUCCAAAUACAAUUAAUUCUAAUGAUUUAAUGACAUUACUUCCAAUUUCUCAUUCUCACUUAUUAUUUCUUCAACAAUGGUCUGAACAUAUGAAUUAUCGAGUUCUUUAUCGUUCUUCUAGAGAUGGCUUAUCUAAAAAAGGUGUUCAAAAUUCAAUAAAAAAUAAGUCAAAUGUUAUGGCAUUAUUUGAAACAAAAAAUUCAAUUUUUGGUUGUUUUUAUCGUCCACCAAUUCCAAGCCAACCUUCAACUGGACAUGUUUAUUUAAAUUGUCAUUAUCAUUUUGUUUUUAAUCUUCUUAAUUCUUAUAAUUGUUCUCCUUUUAGACUUCAUUCACGUCAACUUAAUGAUAAGUCUUUAAUUAUUUCAGCCCUUGAUGAAUAUACUCAUAAUGUAUUUGUUUCAAGAGGAUUUAUUACUUUACAAGAUACUUUUAAAUUUGUUAUUAACAGUAAAUUCACAGAGAAAUAUUGUGAAUAUGAUAAUCCUUAUUUUAAUUUUGAUAAAUACUUUGAACAAGAGGGUUAUAUUAAAGAAUUGUUUUUAAUUGAAUGGUAUUAA